AUGUCUUUCACGAGUCUGCCUCUAGAGAUCUUGUCUCAUAUUUGUGAAGAUCUGGAACCUCAGGAGUGGGGUGCGCUCAGAAUCACUUGCCACCAAAUACAUAGCAGUACACUGGAAGCCUAUGCAACGCGCUACUUCAAGGUUUUGCCACUUCUUCUCACUCGUGAAGGCCUUGACGAUCUGGAGGAUGUUGCAGCAAGUGAAACUUUACGAGGCUGGGUUCGAGAAAUUCGGAUCAUCCCAAACCUGUUCGAGGGGUGGCCAGAAUAUGAUAAGGAACGUUUCAAAGAGCCAGGAUUGUCGCAUCGGAAAGUGCAGAGGAUGUUCCGAAAAAUACGCGGUGAAAAGGAAGAAUCAACAUCGAACAAUGAUGAGGCUGAGCUUGACGCUCUAUUUGCCUCUUAUCAAGCUGCACUAGAAGGACAUCGUGCUAUUAUUGACUCGGAACUUGCUGUAGUUCUUGAAAAAUGCCUGCCGCGCCUCAAAAACGUCACCACAGUCUGCUUAUGGUGUUACCCUUUUGAAUUCCUCAUAAAAGCCAACCCUCGAUUAUUUCGCUGCCUUGGCUUGCGUGAAAUAAAGAACCGUUUCAACAUCGAUGAGAUGAGUGGUAAUAUAGACUUCUGGGGCUUCAAGCAGAAUAUGUUAUCCAUGCCUCUAGGCUUAGCAUUUUCACAAGUGGCCCAGGCUAUAAUCAAAUCUAGCCACAAGGUCCGCGCCCUCCACACGUGCGGCAAUAUGGAAUGUGGCAUAAAGUUGGGGUCUAUAAAACUAUCAGAGUCGCAGUAUCAAUCACUGCUACCGCUCUUGACCGACCUGACUACUCUACAUAUGUGCAUUCGCAUUAAAGAUAACGAGAACGACAUAUUUGAUGAGAGCGCCUUCAAACAUCUUCUCAGUAUGCUGGUCACAGUCGCACCCAAGUUGAAGGAUCUCUCCCAGAACAUCCAGUUUUCCCAGCUAGAAGAACUUCAUCUUCAUUCCGUCGAGCUGACUGUGGAAAAUCUCAAGCGCUUUCUUCGGACAGCAGCGCCAACCUUGAGGCGGCUAAGUAUGAAGAACGUCAGCCUGACAGAUACGAUAAUCGGAGCACGAGAUCCAGGCCCUCUCACAGAAGAGAGGAGUAGUUGGGGUUCUUCGCUAUCUCUCGAAGUCAUCGACAAGAUCCAGGAACUCUGGAAACAAAGCUUCGAGUUUUUGGCAGAUAGCCCCAAGUUGCAGUUUGUCCAAUUGUCCAGUAUUGGUUACCGUGGAAGAGAGAUCAUUUUGCAUGAUGACCUGUAUCUGGAACGCGGGCAGCCGGAUGCGCAGCCGGUUUCAAAUGCGAAGCAUCCGGUCAUCUGGUCAGAGAUCUAUUCCGAUCCUACCAGGGGUCGUUCAUUGAACAUAGCUUUCAGUUUCAAUGCUGAAACGGCGAAUAUAUCACUCAAAGGAUGGAUCAUGCAGCUGAGGAUGGAGAUGUGCAAUCCAGCAGGCCGUAUAGUUACCAGACUUCCGGGGACUAGCGGUUUGAGCUUCAACCAAGAAGGUGUUAGGUCCGAGUCCUCUACUACGCUCCCACCGCGGGGACCGGGAGACCCCAGACCGAUGACUUUCGUUCAUAUGCGACAAUAG